AGUGGUGCUCGCAUUAACAUCUCAGAAGGGAACUGCCCCGAACGGAUCAUUACCCUCGCUGGACCCACCAAUGCCAUCUUCAAAGCUUUUGCGAUGAUCAUUGACAAACUGGAAGAGGACAUCAGCAGCUCCAUGCCCGCCGGCCCCCCGGUCACCCUCCGGCUUGUGGUCCCUGCCAGCCAGUGCGGUUCCCUCAUUGGAAAAGGAGGCUGCAAGAUCAAAGAGAUAAGAGAGAGCACGGGGGCACAGGUCCAGGUGGCAGGAGACAUGCUGCCCAACUCGACUGAGCGAGCCAUCACUAUCGCUGGGAUCCCACAGUCUAUCAUCGAGUGCGUCAAACAGAUCUGCGUCGUCAUGCUUGAGUCUCCCCCGAAGGGCGUCACCAUCCCGUACCGACCCAAGCCAUCCAGCUCUCCCGUCAUCUUUGCAGGCGGUCAG